GGGAUACAAUCUCAGUGAGGCUUCAUAUGUGUAGUCUACACACAGUGAACACGCCAUAGGUACACUUCUUCUUCAUGGAGGAUACUCCUAGCUUAGGUCGCUGUUGCACGAAAGGGUGCACGAUCACGCAACCAACAUCAGGUGCUCACAAAUGUACUGCGAUCGUAAUAUGCAUGCCUUUUGUGGCGUGCAUCCUGGGGAGGGGUUUGGAACGAAUUCGAUCAGUUACUGCUUGUCUACAGAUAACUGCAAGCCACCAAAUGUAUCAACAGCAAUCCAAUCAGACGAAUUGACGCCACCUGCAUCUGCAGCAUCACUGUUAGAUCAGACAACUACUGAUUCUGAUGCAAUGCAGGAAGUUGAUACGACACAAUCUAGGUCUAAACAAGGUGCAUCGUCUGGGGUUAAUGAAGCGUCAGACACAAUAGUGAAGAGACUGUCUUAUAGUAUUAAAAAGAAUGUGUACAAACAAACUGUGUUAUCAAAGGUGUGUGCCGUUCCAGCAAAGAGAGUUAAUCUAACAAACAACGAGAAAGGUGUCGUCGUGCGCACUAUCAAAAAGAGUGAAUAUGACUUGAGCAAGCCAUGGAGAGAUAACUAUAAGAGUGAUUUAGUUAAAGAAGCCGUACAAGCUGCACGUACAACAUAUGGUAUAAGUAUUAAAACUAUACAGAGGUUUAUGAUCGCUGGAGAGAAAAUUAUUAGUCUGUCUACCGAAAUGCAUGCAAAAAGGAAAUAUCGUGAGAGAAAGGGUACUAUCAGCUCCAUAUCUGUCCUAUGCACCUCACAGGUAGUACCUGACCCAGACAUGUCUACCUCUAUAUAUGUCCAAUUCUUGGCCCUGGGCGGAACCUGGACAUAUAUAGAGGUAUGACUGUAUCUGAUAUUUUAUAGAGGGUUAUGCCUAUUUUAAUUUAAAAAUCAAAUUUAUGCAACUCGGCAUCGGACACUCUCUGUAGAGUUUAGUCUGUAAAUGUAGAGAUGCCUUGGGGCUCUGGGGCCUGGGCCCUGAGCGAGGCUCUCGGGGUUAUAUUUAUAUUUUUAGAUAAACUCUAGGCCAUAGAAAUGCAUACGUGAUCGGUGAUACGACACGAACCGAAUUGCUAUAUCUUUUUUUUAAAUUCUACGCCUAAAUAUAUAUAUAAUAAAAUCUUAUGAGACGGCGGCAAAUAU